UCCAGAGUUGCUGCUUCUCCGACGGUGCAGCCCAGCUCAGGGGCCCCGGGCUCCUGCUCCACAGCCCAGGGCCGGCUCGGGUGCCCUCCCCCGGGGCUGAUCAUUAACCUCAAGGCGGUAUAAAGAGUGAGCAGGGCCCCCCCCCCCCGAGGGCCCGAAGGGACGCGUUGCCACUGCCAUGGACAGUAGCACCUGGAGCCCCAUGGCCACGGCCACGGCCCCGCCUGUCCAGUCCUAUGAGCGCAUCCGCAAUGCGGCUGACAUCUCGGUCAUUGUCAUUUAUUUCCUGGUGGUGAUGGCUGUUGGGCUAUGGGCCAUGUUCUCCACUAACCGUGGGACUGUUGGAGGUUUCUUCCUGGCGGGCCGGAGUAUGGUGUGGUGGCCGAUUGGAGCCUCUCUCUUCGCCAGUAACAUCGGAAGCGGCCACUUUGUGGGCCUGGCCGGGACGGGAGCCGCCUCAGGCAUCGCCAUGGGUGGCUUUGAAUGGAAUGCCUUGGUUUUUGUGGUUGUGCUAGGCUGGCUGUUUGUCCCUAUUUACAUCAAGGCUGGGGUCGUGACAAUGCCGGAGUACCUGAGGAAGCGGUUUGGAGGCAAGCGGAUUCAGAUCUACCUCUCCGUUCUGUCCUUGCUGCUUUACAUUUUAACCAAGAUCUCGGCUGACAUCUUCUCGGGGGCUAUAUUCAUAAAUCUGGCCUUGGGCCUGGACAUUUACUUGGCCAUCUUUAUCCUUUUGGCAAUCACUGCCCUCUACACAAUCACAGGGGGCCUGGCAGCUGUGAUUUACACAGACACCUUGCAAACAGCAAUCAUGCUCGUGGGGUCUAUAAUCCUGACUGGCUUUGCUUUCCAUGAAGUGGGAGGGUACGAGGCCUUCAUGGACAAGUAUAUGAAAGCCUUGCCAACCAUGGUCUCCAACGGCAACAUCACCAUCAAGGAAGAAUGCUACAGUCCCAGGGCCGACUCCUUCCACAUCUUCCGAGACCCUCUGAAGGGCGACAUCCCGUGGCCUGGGCUCAUCUUUGGGCUGUCCAUCCUCGCCCUGUGGUACUGGUGCACAGAUCAGGUGAUUGUGCAGCGCUGCCUCUCGGCUAAGAAUAUGUCUCACGUGAAGGCUGGCUGCAUCCUGUGCGGCUACAUGAAGCUGCUGCCCAUGUUCCUCAUGGUGAUGCCGGGCAUGAUCAGCCGCAUUCUGUACACAGACAAAAUCGCCUGUGUCCUUCCCUCAGAAUGUAAGAAAUACUGCGGCACCUCCGUUGGCUGUACCAACAUUGCCUACCCAACGCUAGUGGUGGAGCUCAUGCCUAAUGGGCUGCGAGGCCUGAUGCUGUCGGUCAUGAUGGCCUCCCUCAUGAGCUCCCUGACCUCCAUCUUCAACAGCGCCAGCACGCUCUUCACCAUGGACAUCUACACCAAGAUCCGGAAGAAGGCCUCUGAGAAAGAGCUCAUGAUAGCGGGAAGGUUGUUCAUGCUUGUGCUGAUUGGUGUCAGCAUCGCCUGGGUGCCCAUUGUUCAGUCGGCUCAAAGUGGGCAGCUCUUUGACUAUAUUCAAUCCAUCACCAGCUACCUGGGGCCACCCAUUGGGGCCGUCUUUCUGCUUGCUGUUUUCUGCAAGAGAGUCAACGAACCAGGAGCCUUCUGGGGGCUGAUGCUAGGGUUUCUGAUCGGAAUGUCCCGUAUGAUUACGGAGUUUGCCUACGGAACCGGGAGCUGCAUGGAGCCCAGCAACUGCCCCACGAUCAUCUGUGGUGUGCAUUACCUGUACUUCGCCAUCAUCCUCUUUGUCAUCUCCGUCAUCACCAUUCUGGUCAUUUCCUUCCUCACCAAGCCCAUCCCAGACGUGCAUCUGUAUCGUCUGUGUUGGUCUCUACGGAACAGAACCGAAGAACGCAUUGACCUGGAUGCAGGAGAGGAGACCGAGGAGCACCCGAAGGACACCAUUGAAAUCGACACGGAAGCUCCUGUGGUGAAGAAAGGCUGCUUCGGGAGGGCAUAUGACCUGUUUUGUGGGCUGGACCAGAGUAAGGGGCCCAAGCUGACCAAGGAGGAGGAGGCAGCCAUGAAGCUGAAGCUGACUGACACCACGGAGAAGCCUCUGUGGAGGACAGUGGUCAACAUCAACGGUGUCAUCCUGCUGACCGUGGCGGUCUUCUGUCAUGCAUAUUUUGCCUGAGUCCUGCCUUCUGCUGCAGAAGUGUUGAGGCCGGACUCCCCACCUCCCUUUAGCCUCAUUCUGUGGUGGUCAUGGGAAACUGAUCCCUUGUAAACUUCGCCCAGUGGGAUAAAACGUGUACAUAUGUGAUUAGAAGCUAGCUAGAGAAGAAUCAUUAUUUUGCUGUUAACUUAUGUAUUGGAAGCCGGUGUGAUGCAGUUAUCUGUAUGUAUAAGAGCUGCGGAGGAACAGUGACGCCAGCCUAUUUCAGGUGCAUUCAUCAUUUACAAUGCUGUUUGUAACCCUUAAAUAUUAUUUUUAAACAUAA